AGAAGGAAGACGGAAUCGAGCUCACCCGGAGCCGCUAUCGAGACUCCCCAAGUCAUUACUCGGUCGACCGUUGGCGGAGCAAGUACUUCGUGCGCGCAAGCUCGUGAUCCAGCGCUACAGAGUCCGCGAGGCCACGGAAAGAGAUAAAACGAGCGCCAACAGCAUCAUCACUAGCGAUCGCGAGCCCUGAACCACCGGCUAUCAGUGUCAAGAGAAGAAACUGCGGAUGUGUACGGGAGCCCAGUCCGCGAGAGUGUGUUAACGAAGGCGAUAUCGGUGUGAAUUACUGCGCUCAGCUACCAGUCGUCAAGUUUCAUCUCCAUCGAGGGGAAUUUUCUCGAUUCCCAAUCACGGGAUCGCCGAGCUGCCGAGUUGGGCCGAUAAGAGAGCUUUGGUCUGUCGAGAGUGGAUUGUAUGUAAAUCGCGCCAAACCCCCCAAAGCAGGUGUGGGAGCAGUGUGAUCGCGAAACUAUUAUUAGCUCCCAGCUUGUUGCCGCUUGUUGUGCUGGUUCGCUGACGCUACAGGCUGACCGAAGCACACAUUUGGCUGGCGCUUUUCCUCGACUUCGGCAGCACUUGUAUACGGGCGGACAAGUGCAGUUUAGAAAAGUGCACAGUAGAGAGUGUGUAACAAGUGGAGUUGGAGCAACGGAAAACAGGAACAAAAAACAGCUAACGAGUACACUCUUGGCCGAGUCGGAAUGUUGGAGGCACGCGGUGGAAUGCGUCGGAUGCGCCUAAUGGCUUCGAUUAAAAAUAGACAACUGUGGGCCGUGUGCUUCGCGGUGUUGCUCUGCCUACCGAACGUGACCGAAGGCCGGAAGGUGGCACUAUCACGUGUCACGAAACCGACCGGACACCGUGGUUACGCGAAUCCGGACGUCGCGAAGCUGAGCUACUCACCGAGCCAUUCGGCACCGCCUGCGGCCGCGAAACCAGCUCCACCCGUCUACUCAGCACCACCGGCUGCACACCCACCUCCGCUGCCAGCACAAUCACAACCACAACCACCUUACUCCGCCGGACCAUCGUAUGGUUGGAAUGUUCCCGGGGGACACCCCCCAGGCGGUGGAUCGUAUGGCGGAGCAGCCGUAGCCGGUGCGGCCGGAACGGGAAUCGUCGCCGGUAAUGUCUACCGAUCGCAUGGACACAAUGCAACGGGCGGUGGUUUUGGUGGUGGGCUUGCUCACUCUCCACCCGGCUAUCCGGUGCAACCGGUACAAGGAUUCCCGGGAGCCCCAGUGCAGCAUCCCGGCGGCGGUUUCCCAGCGCCCGGAUAUCAACCGCAACCGGGAGGAUACUAUCCCCAGCAGCAGCAGCCUUCUGGGUUCCCUCAUCAGCCAGGAUAUGCACCACAGGGUGCUGGGGCUCAUUACGAUCCCGGACACUAUCAGGGACAUCCUGGACAAACGGCUCACCAUUAUGAGCAACCAUCGAGUGGUGGAAGCGGAAUCGGAACAAUUCUUGGUGCUGGUGCGGCUGGACUGGCCGCCGGUGUUGGUGGGGCCGCCCUUUACGAUGCGCUGAAACCGAAAGAAGCGAAAGAGGAAGCCACUACGACGACGACAACGGUGGCUGCUGCCGCUGUAACCGCGGCCCCGGCUCCAGACUCCGAAACGCCCGUACCUCUCGCUCCCAUGCCCGCCAAUCCGAACGGAGAUGCUCCGUUGGCUCCGAUACCUGUCAACAGUGCGACGGACACACCGCUAGCUCCGAUGCCCACCGAAGUCAGCCCAGCGUCGACAGAUGCAGCAUCCAGCACAACGAGUCCCGCCGAUAAUCCCCUGGGAAUGGCACCGUUGGCCACGAUACCGGAUUCCGCUGGUGCCGCUUCAUCGGUAGCGUUGUCGACCGAUGGUAGCACCACCACCACCACGACGGCCCCUAGUGCAGACCUGGAGGCACGCAAUUCUGCCCUGAACGUGCAACCGAAUCUGUCCGCAUCGAUGGCGGAUCCGGCGAGCGGUGGUGCCACUGGCACCAUGAUCCGGCAGCUAUCAUCCUCCUCCAUCUCGCUGCUAGCCCUGUUGCCGCUGAUUGUGAAGUAUCUUCGAUUCUAAAUCCCACCAUCCGUGUCCCACCGGCCCACCCGAUGGUGUGGCGUGGGAACAAUUGUGUAAAUAGUGCGCUGCAUAACUUCUGAGCGGCACCGAAUCGUUAGGAUUUGGGAUUUUGGGGAGUAACGGGGAAGGGGAUGAACCGAGACCCAGAGAAUUAUCGAGCAGGGGAUGCGUUGUUUUGUCUCUUGAUUUUGAAAUACAACCGGGGGGCCCCGGGAUGUCGUCAUUCGUUCUGUUACGUGAGAACGAGAAGAAGAUGCCGGUGCCGGUGCGUGCCUUGCAUGUUUUUUUGUAGUUUUAUCGAGGGUUCGCCCAUUGGUGCCAGCGAAGAGGAGUUUGUUUUAAUUUAAAUUGUAAAUGUAUUUUGGCACAAACAAAGAUAAAGUUAUGAGCGAGAGAGAGAAAUAAACGAACGAAUAAAACCAACUUAAUGGUCUUGUUACAAACAA